CAAGCUUCCUAUAACAUGCGCAUACACGUUGAACAUUGACGCAUGAUGUGCGGCGACAUCCUUCGUGCACUAUGUAUUUGCCUUCUGCGCAUGCAGGUAUCAUUACGGACUGGCAGCUGAUGCGAUCCUACUAGCGGAAAGUGCCACCCUUGCUGUCGCAGAUCAGGGCGAGACGAUGCUCACAAAACGACUCCUCUCCUAGCUGGCGGUGACAGCGUGAACCGCGCUAAUAUGCCCCGCUUGACGUCAUGUUCUCCGAACGCUCUCUCCGUACAACACAUCGGCAUUCUGUGUACAAAAUCUAAACUAUUUUGAAUCUCGAGCUUGCUGCCUCCAGACACUCGCUUGAAUCAUCAUGUUAUCGACAAGUCCCCUCGCACAGAUCCUCUCACAGACACUCGCCUACUCUACUGACUCGGCAGGCAUGCACCCAUCACAUAUCCUCCCGGACAAACUGCGCGCUAUUGCUGCUGCAGGCUUUCUUUUCGCCGAAGUGGCAUUCCCGGAUCUCGAGAUGUACGCGUCGCAGCUCCAUCCAGACUACAAAAAGCUCGACGAUGGAGGGCAGAGAGACCUCGACAAGUUGAUUGGUGCUGCAAACGAGAUCUCGAAGCUCUGCAAUUCGUUAGGAGUGAAGCUAUUGGCAGUGCAUCCCUUCUCCGAGCUCGAAGGAUACGCAGACGAAGCGAAGCGGGCUCAUGGAAUGGAACGUGCGCAUGCAUGGUUCAAGGUGCUAAAGGCACUGAACUGUGAAAUACUCCAAGUCAGCUCUUCAGACGACCCGUCCAGUAGCAAAGACCGCAACCUGAUCGCGCGCGAUUUGCGUGACUUGGCAGAUGCUGCAGCAAAGGAACAGCCUCCCAUUAAGAUUGCAUACGAGAUGUGGGCAUGGGGUUGUCACAUUAACACUUGGGAGGAUACCUGGGACAUCUGCAAGCGAGUUGACCGCCCAAACUUCGGGCUCUGUCUUGAUACCUUCCAGAUUUGUGCCCGUGCUUUCGCCUCUCCCACUUCACCCACUGGCCUCCUUCAGCCGCUUUUCUCUGCAUCCAACCCCUCCGCGAACCCGUUCAGUACCGAGUACGCCUCGCAGUUACUGCGCAACUCGCUCUCCAGGCUCGCCGACACUCUCCCGCCCGAGAAGAUCUUUUACUUCCAGAUCUCUGACGGCGCCCAUCCGGGCGGGGCGAAUGGCGGGAAGAGGGGUAUCGAGGAGCUGAAGCAGAGCGCGCGCAAGAAGGGCAUCGACCCAUUGUACGCGUGGUCGAACGCGUGGCGGCCGCUGCCGUAUAUGGACGAGCUCGUGGGGAGGAAGUAUGGCGGGUAUUUGCCGGUCGUGGACGUUUGUGAGGCGGUGUUGAAGACGGGGUGGAGAGGCCCUUUCUCAUUUGAGGUGUUUUACGAGCGCGACAUGUCGAUUGAAGACCCGACAGUGCCGGAGCGUUGGACGCGUGCGGCACAAGGAAGCUUUGAGCGAAUCAUGCAGGAGUUGAAGGCGAGAGGCAUCGAAGUCUGAUAUGCAGAAGCCUACAUUGGAGGCUAGUGAGAAUUAAAUGGCCAGCAUGAAGUUGCACCGUGUCAGACAGGCGAGGUGUUUCAACGAUAAAUAUAGGUCGAGCAAACGUCGAGGACAGGAUUAUUUGUGAACUGCGCCCAAUCUGGAACUGAGACGGAACCCGCGCUUGCUAUGCCCCGUCCAUGAUCCUUGC